AAAAAUAUUGAAUCAUUGAAUGAUUUGUUUAAAUUUUUAUUCUAGACACUUCUGGAUUCUGGUUGUAAAAGAAUUUCAUAUAAAUACAAUGCCGGAGUUUUAUAAUUAUCAGUUCGACUAUAGUAUUCAAGUGCGACCAAGUGAAUUAUUAGUAAAAAGUUUCAUUGAAUUUUCAAUCUUGGACUUUGAAAGAAAUUUUAAAUCAACAAGUAAAAAAUAUGGAUAUUUUUCCAAACCUAUUUCAAGACAACUUUUGGGCACCUAACUGUCCUGGCCGUGGUGCAGAUUCUGGAAAUCUUGUGCAAAAUAUUACAGAUGUCUUAAAUUCCAUCGCAAUAGCUAAAGCCAUGUUCUGUCCAGAAUAUGACAUCAACAACCAAGAUGUGAAUGGUAAUUCUGAAGUGCCACAACCUAGUACCUCUGCUACGACUGACAAAACCAAUUUUGAAGCCAAUCCAGGCGACAAUUUUAAAGAAGAUAUCUUAAAUUCCAUUGCAAUCGCUAAAGCAAUGUUCUGUCCAGAGUAUGACAACAAUCAAGAUGUGAAUGAUAAUUCUGAAGUGCCACAACCUAGUUCCUCUGCUAGGACUGACAAGACCAAUUUUGAAGCCAAUCCAGGUGACGAUUUUAAAGAAGAUAUCUUAAAUUCCAUUGCAAUCGCUAAAGCAAUGUUCUGUCCAGAGUAUGACAACAAUCAAGAUGUGAAUGGUAAUUCUGAAGUGCUACAACCUAGUUCCUCUGCUACGACUGACAAGACCAGUUUUGAAGCCAAUCCAGGUGACGAUUUUAAAGAAGAUAUCUUGAAUUCCAUCGCAAUCGCUAAAGCAAUGUUCUGCCCAGAAUAUGACAACAGCCAUGAUGUGAGUAGUAAUUCUGAAGUGCCACAACCUAGUACUUCUGCUAUGACUGACAAAACCAAUUUUGAAGCCAAUUCAGGUGAGAGUAUUAAAGAAGUUAUCUUAAAUUCCAUCGAAAUAGCUAAAGCAAUGUUUUGUCCAGAGAAUGACAACAACAACCAAGAUGUGAGUGGUAAUUCUGACAUGCCACAACCUAGUACCUCUGCUAUGACUGACAAACCUAAUUUCGAAGCCAAUGCAGUGGACAAUAUUAAAGAAGAUAUUUUAAAUUCCAUUGCAAUCGCUAAAGCCAUGUUCUGUCCAGAAUAUGACAACAGCAAUCAAUGUGUGAGUGGUAAUUCUGAAGUGCCACAACAUAGUUCCUCUUCCACGACUGAAAAAACUAAUUUCGAAGCCAAUCUAGAGGACAAUGUUAAAGAAGGUAUCUUAAAUUCCAUCGCAAUAGCUAAAGCAAUGUUCUGUCCAGAAUAUGACGGCAACAAUCAAUAUGUGAAUGGUAAUUCUGAAGUGCCACAACCCAGUUCCUCUGCUACUACUGACAAAACUAACUUCAAAGGCAAUCCAGUGGACAGUAUUAAAGAAGAUAUCUUAAAUUCCAUCGCAAUAGCCAAAGCAAUGUUCUGUCCAGAAUAUGACAACAACAACCAAGAUGUGAAUACAAACUCUGAAGUGCAACAACAUAGAUCCUCUGUUACGAGUGACAAAAAUAAAUUCCAAGCCAACUGCGAUGUACAGCAUUUUAAGCCUGAAGAAAUCACUAUUAAGGUAAAUAAUGAUAAAUCUAUUACUAUAGAAGCCAAACAUGAAGAGAAACCAGAUGAGCAUGGUACAAUUUACAGACAUUUCGUAAGAAAGUAUGUGUUACCCGAAAAUUGUGACAUUGACAGGGUAGAAUCCAGGUUGUCCAUCGAUGGAGUAUUGACCAUCACAGCUCCCAUAGUCACUGAGAAUGCAGUAGAACAUAGAACCAUCCCAAUUAUAAGGACAGGAGAACUGGUUAGACCCCAACAAAACUUGGCACAUGAAAGGAAGGAGCAAGUGGAAGAUAAAGAUGUUAUAGAAAGUUAAAUUAACACAUUAGAAUAUUUUUUAUACAUAUAUCUAUUUUUAACAUUAUAAAAUAUAUAAUUAGAUUUUAUAAAUAAAUAGUGUUUAAAUUA